GACAAACAGCGGCCGCACAGCUCCAGUCUACACCGCAGGAGGCACGCCAAACCCGGGCACCACUUCUCCACUCCGCCCGGGGGGGGAAAGACACACGUUACCGGGGGGGAGCAUGAGCCGAGAAGGUGCGCUUCGGCCGGAGGAGCGACAUAACGACUCAUCUUAUUUUCUCCCAUUUUUAUUUUUAUUUAAGAUGUAAGAGAAAAAUGUAGACUUUUAAAUAAAAAAAAAAAGCGAGUAAAAUGUGUGACCCGGAGAGCGGCGGUUAGCUGUAGCCGUUAAGCUAGUUCUGAGUGAAUAUUUCUGCUCAUUAUUUUUGUGGAUUAAAUUAUUGUUUUUUUGUGAAGACUUGGGACAAACCCAGCUGUGGAAAUGAUGCACUAGCUCCUCAUAUUCACUAAAAACAGAAGUUAGCCAUGAAAGACACGGGGGAGUCCAAGGACCAGCAGUUAACGGUGGCGCUGAGGGUCCGUCCUCUGAGCGACGCAGAGCUGGAGGAAUCUGCGACCAUCGUGGCUCACAGAGUCGAUCAACAGAUGGUGGUGUUGAUGGACCCUCUGGAGGACCCUGAUGAUGUUCUUCGUGCCAAUCGCUCCAGAGAGAAAACAUAUAUGUUCGACGUGGCCUUUGACUACUCCGCAAGCCAGGAGGAGGUGUACAGAGCCACCACCAAAGGCCUGAUCGAGGGUCUCAUCUCUGGGUACAAUGCCACCGUGUUCGCCUACGGACCCACAGGUUGUGGUAAGACGUACACGAUGCUGGGCACUGAUAAGGAGCCUGGAAUCUACGUCCGAACAUUAAAUGAUUUGUUUCGUGCCAUCGAAGAGACGAGCGACGACAUGCUCUACUCUGUGUCCAUGUCCUAUCUCGAAAUCUAUAACGAGAUGAUCCGGGACCUGUUGAAUCCUGCCUCUGGUUUCUUGGACCUGAGAGAAGAUUCUAAAGGAGUGAUCCAAGUGGCAGGAAUCACCGAGGUGUCCACCAUCAACGCUCAAGAGAUCAUGGAGCUGUUGGUAAAGGGGAACAGACAGCGCACUCAGGAGCCCACGGCAGCUAACCAGACGUCGUCUCGCUCUCACGCUCUGCUCCAGGUGAGCGUGAAACAGCAGAGCCGCAGCCCACACCUGCAACAGGAAGUGCGCUUCGCCAGGCUGUUUAUGAUUGACCUCGCAGGCUCAGAACGUGCUGCACAGACUCAGAACAGGGGGCAGCGUCUAAAGGAGGGCGCUCACAUAAACCGCUCUCUGCUUGCUCUGGGAAACUGCAUCAACGCUCUGAGCGACAAGAACGGACACAAGUACGUCAACUACAGAGACAGCAAGCUAACAAGGCUACUCAAGGACUCUUUAGGAGGAAACAGCAGAACAGUGAUGAUCGCUCACAUCUCUCCAGCCUCCACUGCUUUUGAAGAGUCCAGGAACACACUGACCUACGCUGACCGGGCUAAAAGUAUACGGACACGGGUGAAGAAGAACCUCCUGAACGUCACGUACCACAUCGCUCAGUACACGAGUAUCAUCACAGAGCUGAGAGGAGAGAUCCAGAGGCUACAGAGGAAGAUCAGUGAGCAGGACCGCAGACAGAGCUCAGAGCGGGCCGAUAUCAGACACAUACAAGCUGAGGUGCAGGCGCUCUCCUCUCACCAGUCCAGGGCGGAGGUGGAGCGUUUUCGGGAGCAGAUCCUUCAGACAUUCAGGGAGCAGAUGGAGAUCCGGAGGAGCCUGAUGGAGCUGGAGAACUCCAACAUGGAUCUGCAGGUGGAGACGUCCAGACACCUGCUCACCAUCGCAGACUGGGAGCAGGAGCGUAGCCGUCGCCGGAGGAAGUGGAAGUCUGAGCUGCAGAGAGAGAGUGAGACUAAAGAGGAGAGUGAGACCAGAGAGGAAAGUGAGGGCAAAGAGGAGAGCGAGAAGGACUCGGACAGCUCAGAGUCUGCUCCUGAAACAUCUGAGACCCACGAGGUGUCCUCAGCCAGAGAGAACCUACUACUGCUGAUGUCAGAACAGAAGAGGAUCCACAAACAGAAGACUGUUUUAGAGCGUCGUCUGGCCCAUCUCCGUGAGCAGGCCCAGCGCACGGAGGAGCUUCUGCCCCAGAGGGUGAGCUGCGAGGGGCAGAGGCAGGUGCUGGGGCUUCUGUGUAAGGUCCAUGAGCUGGAGCUGGAAAAGGCCGAGAUGCAGUCGUCCACUUUACUCAAAGACAAUCUGCUGCGGAGGAAGGAGCGUGUGGUGCAGAGGUUUGAGAGACACCGACAGCUCUGCGACAAGAUCAUACAGAGACAGAGGCAGUUUAUACACGAGCACAGUCUGCUGGUGCCCCCUCAGCUACAGGAGCUUUAUGACGUUUACCUGAAGGAGGCAGAUGAGAGGAGACUGGAGAGGGCUCUGGCUCUGGACACAGCUACAGCCCGAUACGCCAUCAAGGAGGGCUCUCUUCCAAAGAUCUCUCUCCCGGUGCACAGUCGGGAUCAGACCCUGGACUUGGACUCGGAUCAGGAGAGUCUGAGGAACGUGAGGCUGGAGCGUAAAACCAGGAGACACACGCUGCCCCCGAUCCUGCCCGAGUCCGAGCUGGACAGUAACAGAGUGUUCAAAAACAGCCCUCACGCCCAAAGGAUUAAGAACUCCUCCGUCGUGACUCCUCCUCCCAUCCACAUUAACGGCAAGAACAGAGAGCUGCAGCCGUUGGUGCCAGAUUCCUUGCUGAACUACAGUCUCCUCUCUCACAGCGUCAGUUCUCACCUGGACUCCUCCCCCGAGAGCAGCGAGGCUGGGGCGGAGCUAACAAACUCAGAGCGAGAGGAGAUCAUGAAGGGAGUUCAGAACAUCGUGGUUAAAGCCGCACGGCGCCGCUCUCGGGCUCUAGAGGGCGACGUUCUGCGGUUCCCUCCCCCCUCCUCCCCCCUGGACCCACACAAACAGAGGAGCAGCCUGUCUCUGAGCGCUGUGCCCCCUGCUGGAGCCCCUCUGAGGCGCAGACAGCCCAGCCCCGAGCUCACCCACGCCACUUCCGACGAUAAUCUCUCCAGCAGCACCGGAGAAGGACCCCAGAAUGGACCCAAGACCAGGACCAGACUAGGACCCAGCAAGAACCAGACCCCCCGAGACGCCAAGGACAGCGAGGGGGAGGGGCGCAGGAGGAAGAGAAGGAGCCGGUCCUUCGAGGUCACCGGACAGGCUCUCCCUCAGACUAAGUCCACAGCGGCACAGAGGUUUCGGCCUCUGGACAGCACCUCAGACCCACACCUCCACAUGGGCCCUGUGCCUCCUGUGCUCCGAGCCCAGAGAGGAGCAGCCGCCGCGGGGAGAGGCAGAGGAGGACUGCCCACCACCCUCCAGACAGGAACAGACUCGGCUCCUCUGGCCACCCUGAAGAGAGUUCCACAGCUGAGACCUCAACCACUGCUUUAUAUCAGCUCCACCAACUCACAGAGACAAAGGAGGAACUGAACCAGGACUAAAACUGCACAAGGACUCAACCAGGACUGAACUGGGGUCUGGGGGAUUAACCAGAAUUGGACCAAAUAAACGAACACCAGCACUAAACCUGGAAGAGAGGCUCUCACAUCUUUAGCACAAAACACAUUUAGUUGAUUUUAGAUAUUUCUAUUAAUAGAUCCCAGUUACAAUAAGGCAUCCUGGAGGCUCAGCACUUAAAGAAUGUUGUCCUCUGCAUUUGACCCAUCCUUCAGUUUCUCUGGGUUAAACAUGUCAGGGGCAGUGGACUAGAUCUGGUUAGGAUCCUGGUCAGGAGUAACGAGCUGGAGAGUUAUUGGACGUAGGUUUAUGGGGGAAAACAGUGGAAACAAAUGCAGACACAAGGAGAACAUCCAAACACCAGAUUAAAACUACCAAAAAAAGACCAAACGUGUCCUUAUUUUGCAUAGGUCACAUUGUGCAUUGCCUUCAGGACCCAUUUAGAAAUUAGAUUUUCAGUAAAAUAGUUUCUGAAACAUGACUUCUUCUUGUGCCCUUCUUGGUCAAGCCUUUUGACGUAAACUUUUUAAAUCUUAAAAGAAAAGUUAUUUAACUAUUGCCUUUUCUUUCAUGUUAUCAAAAAGUACACAUUGUUUUCAUAAUUAAGACUUUCUAUGGUUUAUUUUGUACAUUUUUUAUUCGU